AUGCAGCACGUCUUAUCCGGCGGCGACUUGGCCGGCUUCGCCUCAACAUCCGCAACCAGCAUCUGCUUCAACAACGUCUGGAUACCCGAAGAAGCGCAUUUUCGACCAUGUUUUCUGCCGGUGAUAGCGGGUAUUCCGGGCGUGCUGGCGGCCGUCAUUCUGCUCAUCCAAUUGCUGAGAAUCGUUCUCCCCCGUGGCCCUCGCUGGACCAGACCCUUCGUUGAAGAAAUCGUCGAGCCCACCAUGGAGGAAGACUUGGUGCCGACAAGAAGAUGGACCAUUGCUACGAUGGCGUUGGCAUGCUUCUCGAUCAUCGCGUUCGGUUUCCAGUUGGCGGCAUCAAUCCUCGACGAAGCGACAGCGACCGCAUAUCUGCCUGUCCUUCCUUGGCUGGUUACAAUUUUGGAGGUUGCUGUUCACAGGCCGCGAAACAUACCAUACGCCGUUCUUUCGAUCACCGUGCUACAGUUGAUUGCGGAAGGCAUACUGCUGGAGAAUGGCUAUUGGCCAGAACUGUCCGGUCUGCUGAGCAUUUUCGCCACCGUCUCUGGAGCCUUGAACGUCCUGGUUAUGCUCCUCAUGCCGUUUCGAGACCCCGUCAUGCCAUCCAAAGACAUCAGCGCCCCGUUCACUGCUCCCACGUCUGUUCUCCGAAGCCCAGAAGAAGCGCUGAGUCUGUGGCAAUUCCUGACGGUCAGCUGGAUGAAGCCGUUGAUGGAUCUUGGAGGCGCUCGUCAGCUUGAAUACGAAGACGUGUGGAGUCUGCCAUAUGAGUUUCAGCACAAGAGACUGCACGAGAACUUCCGCGAGCUGAGAGGCUCUGUCAUUCGGAGGCUGAUUCGCGCCAACGGCAUCGAUCUCAUCAUCAUCACGAUUCUCGGCUUGCUCGAUCAACUCGCACAAUACGCCGCGCCCGUCUUUUUGCAAUUAAUUCUCAGUUCGAUGGAAGACACAACGAGACCGAGGCGGGUGGCAUUGACGUACGCUGCACUUGGACUGUGCGCCCGGCUGCUGGCGACACAGAUUGGAGUUUUCAGCCUUUGGUUUGGUCGACGAUGCUACGAACGCACACGAGGAGAGAUGAUUACAAUGUUAUACGAGAAGACGCUCGGACGUAAGAUUGCAUUUAAAAAGGAAGAAGACAAGAAUACAAAUGGCACAACAUCUACAGCCAACGGAGAAGCCAACGGCCAUGCGAACGGCCAGCAGCAGGACAAGAAGGCCACACCAUGGUGGACAAGAUUGGGCAACAAGAUCAGCAACCUGUCGAGACGCACCAAAUCGCCUACUGCAGCCAAGGAGCCCGCGGUGAUGGGUAAGAUUCUCAAUCUGAUGCGCAACGACGUCUACGAGGUGGCACAGCGAUUCUGGGAAUUCGACAACAUCGUAAAGAAGCCAAUCGCCAUCAUCCUCUCGGUAUCGCUGGUGGUCAACUACCUUGGAUGGCCUUCAAUGAUGGCAGUAGCACUCAUCAUCUUCGCACAGGUCAUGAACAGCUUCAUUGCGCGAGUGCUGGUGUACUACGAGAAGAAGCGCCGAAUGGCAACCGAUGCCAAGUUGCAGAUAAUAUCGCAGUUUGUGGAGUCGAUCCGCCAUCUGCGCUGGUAUGGCUGGCAAGGCCACUGGCUUGAUCAGGUCUUGACAGCACGACAGAAAGAAUUGAUAUUGCGAGUAUUCUCAGCCAUCUGGGGCCUCGUCAUCAGCGUCAUCAAUGCGCUCGCCCUGGAUCUGACACCAGUGGCAGCUUUUGCAACAUAUACACUCAUCGCGAAGAAGCCUCUGACCGUGGACAUUGCCUUCCCUGCGAUGCAGCUCUUUGCCAUGAUGACCUCUCAGCUCAGAGAACUCCCUGGUCUGGUCAUUGCACUGAUCAACGCCUGGGUCGCGAUGACCCGCAUCGAAGACUUCAUGGCAGAGCCGGAUCUGCAGCGAAUGGCAACAGAGGCACUAAUUGGCGAUAAGCUCGCAAUCGACAAGGCAACAUUCGCCUGGCCUGAAAGCCACACCCCUGUCUUGAAGGACGUCGAUCUCUCUUUCCCUGAAGGUCUUACGGUCAUUUGCGGCGAGGUCGGCUCAGGGAAGACUGCACUGCUCCAAGCUCUUCUUGGUGAACUGGAUCUGCUCGAUGGUCAGCUCAUUCGCCCUGCAGAGCCGAUUGGAUACUGUGCCCAGACCGCUUGGCUGCAGAGCAUGAGCGUGCGAGAGAACAUCCUCUUCUCUGCGCCUUACGACGACAAACGCUAUCGAGACGUGCUGGAUGCUUGCGCACUUACGCCGGAUCUCGCGGAGUUCAAGGCUGGAGAUCUGUCCAUGAUCGGCGAGAACGGUAUCGGCCUGUCUGGUGGCCAGCGAGCGCGAGUCGCUUUGGCACGGGCGGUCUACAGCAACACCAAGAUCCUGCUUCUUGACGAUCCACUCGCAGCCUUGGACCAGCAGACCGCAGAAGUUAUUGUGCGAAACUGCAUCGCUGGACCUCUGCUGAAAGGCCGCACUGCAGUUCUCGUUACCCAUCGCACAGAUCUCGUUCUCAAUGUGGCAAGCCAGAUCAUCAAGAUCGAGGACAACAGAGCGUCUGUCGUAGAUCAGGAAGCAGCGGCAACCGACUACGACCUUGUCAUUACCAACAGUCAUCAAAAUGAGAACGACACAAGCGAGGAGCGAGAAGCUGAGCAAAAGGCGGCUGCAGUACCGGACAAGUUCAUCGAAGAGGAACAUCGCGCGUACGGUGGUGUCAAAGCUCGAGUGUACUGGGAGUACAUCAAAGCUGGAACCUUGAAGUUCUGGGCCAUCACAAUCGUCUUCCUUGCUCUGUACCGAUUCUUCUCGAUUGCCGAAAGCUGGUUCCUCAAGUCUUGGGGAGAAGCGUACAACACCAAAGCCAAGCCAUCUCAUUUCGUCCACGCAAAGGAGCUCACCUACCACACCACCGACAUCUUCGACGGCUUGCCGCCUCCAGAAGACAACAUCCACCCCUGGCUGUUGUGGUUUCUUCUUUUUGCUCUUGGAAAGUCGCUCUCAUACGCUCUCUCACAGUGCAUGGUGCAAGUCAUCGUCUACACCGCUGCGAAGAAUAUGUUCCGGGACAUCAUGGUCAAAGUCGCCCAUGCUACCUUCCGAUUCUACGACGUGACACCUGUCGGUCGACUGAUGAACCGCAUGACUUCCGACAUUGGCGUUAUCGACGGUGGCAUUAGCUAUCAGUUCUCAGCGAUUUCCUGGAUGCUCAUCAGCUGGGUCUCUUCUGUGGUUGUCAUCGCAUCGAUCACUCCGACCUUCCUGGCAUUCACGGCAGUCUUGGUCGUCCUGUUCGUCCUGAUCUUUCGACGCUUCAUUCCCACCUCGCAAAACCUGCGCCGUCUGGAGAUGGUGUCGCUGACUCCGCUCAUGUCCAAUUUCGGAGAAUUGCUCAAUGGCCUAGCCACCGUCAGAGCGUUUGGUGCACAGUCUCGCUUCCAAGACCGGGUGAUUCACGUCGUCGACACGUUCCAGAAGAUGGAUCAUUUCUACUGGAGUCUUCAAGCAUGGCUGAUGUACCGAUACGACGUCCUCUCAAGCCUCGCCUCCUUCAUGCUCUUCGUGCUCGCGCUCGCAACCAACCUUUCGGCCGGUCUGACUGCAUUUGCCAUGAUGUCUGCCAGUAGAUUUGUCAUCACAACGCAUGGUCUUUGCAAGCAGUACGGUCAACUCCAGAUGGAAUUCGUGUCCGUGGAGCGAGUCGUGGAGCUGCUGCACUUGGAACAGGAACCGAAAGGCAAUGUCACUCCGCCAGCCUGGUGGCCAUCAUUCUCCGGCGACAUCGUCUUCAAGAACGUCACGAUCAAGUACGCACCGCAUCUGGACCCCGCCCUGGCAGAAGUCACAUUCACUGUGAAAGGAGGCUCCAAGACCGCCGUCCUCGGCCGUACUGGCUCGGGGAAGUCAACUCUCGCCCUCGCGAUGCUCGCCACCAUCCUCCCGGAUAUGGGCCACAUCCUCGUGGACAACGUCGACAUCUCCGAAGUCGACAAGCAACUUCUGCGCACGCGAGUGACCUUCUUGGCACAGGACCCCGUGCUCUUUCCGGGAAGCAUGCGACAAAACCUCGACCCGGUCGAUGAGCACUCGGACGCGGAAUGCGAGGUGGUUCUCCACCGCGUCUGCGCGCGGCAAGGCUGGAAGCUGGACACGAAGGUCGAGGCUGGGGGUAAGAACCUCAGCCAAGGCCAGCGGCAGCUCGUCGGCCUCGCCCGCGCCGUGCUCCGCCGUAGCGCCAUCAUCAUCCUCGACGAAGCCACCGCCUCCAUUGACCGGGAGACGGCGAUGCAGAUCCAGCAGGUCAUGCACGAGGAGAUGAAGGAGAGCACGGUCAUCACCAUCGCCCAUCGCCUCGAGGCCGUCAAGAAUGCGGACUACUGCAUCGUCCUCGGCAAGGGCAAGAUCCUGGAGCAGGGGCCGGCCGAGGAGAUGUUGAAGGAGCACCGAGAGGAGGUCGUCGGGAGCGUGGAGCAGGAGGAAGAGGAAGACGAGAGUUGA